GAAAGGGCGGGGAGGAGCGGGCAGAGCAGGAGUUGCUGGGAGUGCGCGCGGUCUGAUCACAAGGCAGCGGCGGAGGAGGCCCAGAGCUCUGAUCGCCAGGACCUCGGCGCCAGGCCUACGCUGAACCCUCUCGCCACCGGAGGACCGGGGAACCGCAGCCUUCAUCACAGAGGUACCGUGCUCCGCGUUCCUCGCCCGGCCAGGCCCAGUCCCCAGCUGCGGCGCCUCCUUCCUUCCCUCGCUGUCUUUCGCUCGCUCGCGGCUUCCCUGCCCGCCUGCGUCACCGCGGCCGCCAUGGCUGAGAAUGGCGAGAGCAGCGGCCCCCCGCGCCCCUCCCGCGGCCCUGCUGCGGCCCAAGCUUCGGCCACUGCCCCGGCUGAGCCCAAAAUCAUCAAAGUCACUGUGAAGACCCCCAAAGAGAAAGAGGAGUUCGCGGUGCCUGAGAACAGCUCAGUCCAGCAGUUUAAGGAAGCGAUUUCCAAACGCUUCAAAUCUCAAACCGAUCAGCUAGUGCUGAUUUUUGCCGGAAAGAUCUUAAAAGAUCAAGAUACCUUGCUCCAGCAUGGCAUCCAUGAUGGACUGACUGUUCACCUGGUCAUCAAAAGCCAGAACAGACCUCAGGGCCAGUCUACCACACAGCCUAGCAGUGCCGCGGGAACUAAUACUACCACGGCAUCUACUCCCAGGAGUAACUCCACACCUAUUUCCACAAAUAGCAACCCAUUUGGGUUGGGGAGCCUGGGAGGACUCGCAGGCCUUAGCAGCCUGGGUUUGAGCUCCAGCAAUUUCUCUGAGCUCCAGAACCAGAUGCAGCAGCAGCUCAUGGCCAGCCCUGAGAUGAUGAUCCAAAUCAUGGAAAAUCCCUUUGUUCAGAGCAUGCUUUCCAAUCCUGAUCUGAUGAGGCAGCUCAUUAUGGCCAAUCCACAGAUGCAACAAUUGAUUCAGAGAAACCCAGAAAUCAGUCACCUGCUCAACAACCCAGAUAUAAUGAGGCAGACUCUUGAAAUCGCCAGGAAUCCAGCCAUGAUGCAAGAGAUGAUGAGAAAUCAAGACCUAGCUCUCAGCAAUCUCGAAAGCAUCCCAGGUGGCUACAAUGCUCUAAGGCGCAUGUACACUGACAUUCAAGAACCCAUGCUGAAUGCUGCCCAAGAGCAGUUUGGGGGUAAUCCAUUUGCCUCAGUGGGGAGCAGUUCCUCCUCUGGGGAAGGUACUCAGCCUUCCCGCACAGAAAAUCGGGAUCCGUUGCCCAAUCCAUGGGCCCCACCGCCAGCUACCCAGAAUUCUGCCACCACCAGCACCACCACAAGCAGUGGCAGUGGUUCUGGCAGCAGCUCCAAUAAUGCUACUGGAAACACUGUGGCUGCAGCUAGUUAUGUCGCUAGCAUCUUCAGUACCCCAGGAAUGCAGAGCCUGCUGCAACAGAUAACUGAGAACCCCCAGUUGAUUCAGAAUAUGCUCUCUGCACCCUACAUGAGAAGCAUGAUGCAGUCUCUAAGCCAGAAUCCAGAUUUGGCUGCACAGAUGAUGCUGAAUAGCCCGCUGUUUACUGCAAAUCCUCAGCUGCAGGAGCAGAUGCGUCCACAGCUCCCGGCUUUCUUGCAGCAGAUGCAGAAUCCAGACACACUAUCAGCCAUGUCAAACCCAAGAGCGAUGCAGGCUUUAAUGCAGAUCCAGCAGGGGCUACAGACUUUAGCCACUGAAGCACCUGGCCUGAUUCCCAGCUUCACUCCAGGUGUGGGUGUGGGGGUGCUGGGAACCGCUAUAGGCCCUGUAGGCCCGGUCACUCCCAUAGGCCCUAUAGGCCCUAUAGUCCCUUUUACUCCAAUAGGCCCCAUUGGGCCCAUAGGACCCACUGGCCCUGCAGGCCCUACCGGCUCUACAGGCUCUGGUGGCUCCACUGCACCCACUGUGUCCAGCUCUGCACCCAGUGAAACCACAAGUCCAACAUCGGAAUCUGGACCCAACCAGCAGUUCAUUCAGCAGAUGGUGCAGGCUCUGGCGGGAGCAAAUCCUCCACAGCUGCCGAAUCCAGAAGUCAGAUUUCAGCAGCAACUGGAACAGCUCAACGCCAUGGGGUUCUUAAACCGUGAAGCAAACUUGCAGGCCCUAAUAGCAACAGGAGGCGACAUCAAUGCAGCCAUUGAGAGGCUGCUGGGCUCCCAGCCAUCGUAAUUACAUUUCUGUACCUUGAAAAAAAUGUAUCUUAUUUUUGAUAAUGGCUCUUAAAUCUUUAAACACACACAAAAUUGUGCUUUACUUUCAUUUUAAUUAUUUUAAAUCUGUCUAGUUAUAUGCCUAAUAAUGGUGAAUUUUAAAUUGCAGUCCCUCUUCCUUUUUUUCUGCCCUUUCCCACCCCUCCCUCCACCCUUCCACCUCCCCUCCCCCUUACCCACCUGCAUUUCCCCCUCCUCCUUUGUUUUUUUUUUUCCUUUUCUACCUUUCAUCUUUUGGUUUCGUUCUCUGUUUUGAAUGGUGGAAAUCAAUGCUGUUUCACUCAAAGGUGUUGCAUGCAAACACUUCUCUUUAUUCAGCAUUUGUCGUGACUUUUGGAUACAGGUAUCAGCCUUCACAGUUGGGUGAACAAGUUUUGUGCUACAGAUGUCCAAUUUAUUUGCAUUUUAAACAUUAGCCUAUGAUAGUAAUUUAAUGUAGAAUGAAGAUACUAAAAACAGAAGCAAAUUAUUUGAAGCUCUCUAAUUUGUGGUACAAUAUUGCUUAUUGUGAUUUUGGCAUGUAUUUUAACUAGCAAAAUGCUGUAAGAUUUGUACCAUUCAUUGAUUGUUUUGCUAUAUUUGUACACAGUACAGUAAGCACAAAUGGAACUGUACAUCUAGAAGUAUUGCAGUAGAAUCUCUGAGCAGAAUAUGUAAACCCAAAAUAAGAAAGAAUGCAAGAAAUAUUUCUGGAGCUAGGUAUGUCUUCACAAUUUUGUAGAAUCUUACAGCAUAUUUGAUAAAUUACUCAGUGAAAAUGUUGGCUAGGCAAGUUAAGUUAAAAUAUAGUAGAAAUGUUUAUCCUGGUAUCUCUAAGUAUACAUUUAAUUGUACAGAAAUCUUACAGUGUAAUAUUGUGUCAAAAUUUGCAGGUUGACUGUAUAAGACCUUAAUCUUUGUGCAGCCUGAAGGAUCAGUGUAGUAAUGCCAAGAAAGUGCAUUUUACCUAAGACUUCCUUCUCAGCUUCUCUCAUAAAGAGACCCUAAUAUGCAUUUUGAUUUGUAAUUGGAAAUGUAACUUUAAAUGAAAGUGUCAUGUGAUGUUUGCAUUACUUUUAACUGCUAUGUAUAAAAAAAGUGUAUCUUUUGAUUUUCUCAGUUAUUUCUCUUGUGCACAGGGAAAAAUGCAUUAAAAUGUUUAAAAAAAUAAAAAAAAUUAAAAAUG